AGUGAAAGUAAUAUAAACUAUAUAGGUUAUCAAAAAGUUUUCACAAAUUUUAAACAACAUAAAUAUAAAGUAAAAAGAAUUUUCUACUGCCAAAAAAUUAACACAAAAUCAUAGAAAUCGUUCUCUUCAGACCAAGGAAAGAGUGAUAAAUAAUAAUUCUAGUCAAUAAAAGUUUGUGAGGGAUAAAUUUUGAAACCUUUCGACCAUGUGGCAACUCCAGCUAUAGCGAAUCAACGGGGUUUUUAUUGAUUUUUAACCAAAACCAAGUGCACCAGAAGCAGCAACAGCAGAAGCAGCUGUUGGAUGUUUGGAGUCUGCGCCGUGGCCAAACUUUGGGGUUGAUUCUAUUUUAUUGUGUGAAGUUUUGAAAAAAUAACAAACGAUAUGGAAGAUAGUGGCAUAGACAGCGAGGAUAGGCAAUCGAAUAUCUAUGAUGAUGGUGCAGGGGCAGCAGGUUUAUUGAAAACUGUCAGUGGAGCACCCAAACAUAUGUCAGAUCUGGAGUUUGAGGUGGCAUUCAGGGGUGCAAGUAAAGUGUAUGCACCGACAACCAUAGAGAUCGAUGAGGAUGAAGCGACUACAAAUCAUGAGCCACCAAAUACCUGCCGGAUAUUGCAACGUAAACUGGAGCUGAAGGUCGAACGAGCUAGACGUAAUUAUACACAAUUCCAAGAGGAACAGGCCACCAAAACUCAGUCGUCCACACUUAUUCCAAUCAAUCGUUUGCCCAUACCAGGUGAGGCAGAACAAAAGCCACUGGUCGACUACAAGUCUGAGAGCAGCGAUGAGGCCGAGGAGAUAUCCUUUUUUCCUGCUCAGCUGAAGCGCGCCAAACGUCGUCAGCAGAAUCAUGAACUAACUGAUACAUUUAGUAUACAGGAAAUGACCAUUGAGUCGGAUUUAGAGUCAGACGAUAGCAAUGCCACUCAGAAUCUUGAGCUCCUGUUGCCCUCCAUGAAAUCAAACAUAUUGGAUAAGUUAAAGAGCUGUUUUGGCUGCCUGCGGCGUAGGUAAUAAUAAUGGCUGUGGCAUAUCAUCAAGCAACCAAUUGAGGCACAAUACACUUUAUUGAAUGACACUAGAAAUAGGCACAAACAAACAAACAAAAUAAACUUACAAUGAAACUCCAUUGCCAGGACAUAGAUUUAUAAUCGGCUUUAAUACAAAGAACGAAUCAUUAAGAAUAAUCACAAUUACUAAAAAGCUAAA